ACAAAAAGAAUAAGAAUUGGUCGGCGAUAGGUUAGCCGAUUUUUUUGGUUUAUUCUUACGAAAUACAUCACGGUACUAACAAGGAAUAGGACAGACAGGUUUGGAAAAAAGAGUGUCUUUGAUCCGAAUAAGCGAAGAGAGCAGUCACUAGGGAACACACAGGAAGUGUGCUCGAAACAUGGCAGAGACAGACGUUCUACGAAAACAGGUCCCUUCGUAUCUAGCUGAGGCACAGAUGAUUAAACAGGGCGCUGAAGCCCGCGUGUAUCGUGGUAGGUUUUUAGGACGGUCCGUCAUUAUUAAAGAGAGAUUCCCAAAGUUAUAUCGCCACCCUUCAGUCGAUGAGAAAUUGACACGCCGCCGAACCGCGCAAGAAGUGCGAUCUAUACUUCGAUGCAGGAGAGCAGGUAUCAACGCACCUGUUGUGUAUUUUGUCGACUACAAUAACCAUUGCAUAUUCCUGGAAGAUAUUGUUCACUCAGUAUCAGUAAGAGAUUACAUUGUACCAGUUCAAGCAACAGUACAAGGCACAGAGCAUCUUCAAACUCUGGCUGAGAAGAUUGGUGAAAUCCUGGCUCAGAUGCAUGAUGAAGAUGUUAUACAUGGUGACCUCACAACAUCCAACAUGCUUCUGCUCUCUAAAGCCGAGCACAAAAACAUCAACCUGGUUUUGAUUGACUUUGGAUUGAGUUACAUCUCUGCACUGACUGAAGACAAAGGAGUUGACUUGUAUGUGUUAGAGAAAGCUUUUCUUAGCACUCAUCCCAACACAGAGGCUAUAUUUGAGAGACUAUUAAAAAGUUACACUUCUUCUUCUAAAAAGGCCCCUGCUGUCAUUAAGAAACUGGAUGAGGUUCGAUUGAGAGGACGGAAGAGGUCUAUGGUUGGCUAACAGUGCACCUAAUGUUUUGCAGAAUAAAGUCAUCAGGAAUUUGGAAUCGAAAGCAUACAAUGAUGUUUGAAGAUAAGAAUAUCAUCCAGUAAAUUAAUGUUUUUUUUUCAACAUAGACACCAAUAAUUGUUGUUACAUAAUAUAAUCAGUUGUAUGAAUUUAUUUUUGAUAAAACUUAUGUACUCCUAUUUUAAAUGUAGUUUUCAAUGCUGUAGUGGAAAAUGUUGCAUUCAGAAAAAGAUUAACAAUAAAUACACAUUAUAUAGAGAAA